AAGACAAAUAAGGGGGCCUCGGAAGGAACUCAGAAAAGAGAGGUGCGACGGCCGACGGCGCACGAGGCAGGACAAAACCCUACAACUCCGGGCAGGAGGCGGCGACCGUAGGAGGCGGCGACCGCACGCUGACCUGCCCCUCUCCACCGUCACCGCCACCGCCACCCGGAAGAUUGAUAAAGCAAGUUGCUGAUGAUGUUGUGGUUCUGAACAUUUGAUCCUCCCUCUGCUCAUGCUGCAAGAAAUAUAUGUUUUUGCAAUUGAUCUGACUUUGGCUGGCCAUGGAUGACAACGGCAAAUCUGCUCAUAUCAUCCGUGAACUCGAGGAUAAACAUCUUCAGUCAGUUGUUAGCCUGACAGCUUGGUGGAAGGAGAGUCGUGUGGAGGGUAGGGAACUCAGUGUCGCAACAGGUUCUAUCAUUCAUUCAUCUAAGAUCAUGUUAGUUCUCGGCUGUGCUCACAUUUUCCAAAGUUUCAUCACGUGCUAUGGUCCUGGAUUCGAUACUGCCCUCAUCCUAAAUGGCAAUAUAACCAUUAGACUGAACUUCUUUGAUGGGCAUUCGGCUGAAGGAAGAGUUUAUUGCAUUGAUUGGUGGAAGGACUUAUGUCUUGUACUUGUUCCUGUCCCCAAUAAAUUAUAUGAAUCUGUAAAAUUCAUUGAAGAUGAGAACAUGAUGGGCCAGUCUGUAUACACAAGGGGAGAAAGGGUGUUCUCCAUUUUCUGCUUGCCAACACAUGAGAAAGAUGGCAAACUUUUGUUUGGCACUAUCGCAGAGGGCGAAAUCUCUGGCCUCCCCAUAACUGCCAAUGAUUUCACCUGGAGGUACCAUUCAGACUUGGAGUUUUUCGAGUUUGCCAUGUCGGCGGAAGGGGGAGCUUCCGGGGGACCUAUAUUCACGAAGAAGAUGCUAGUAAUGGGGAUUUUGCUUGGUGGAUAUGAUGGGAUGAAGUUUGCUGUUAGAAUUGACCAGAUUAGGCGUUGGAUUCUUGAUUGCUUUAAUAUCAAAGGGACGAAGAAUAUGAAUGAAACUGUAGCUAAAUUAUCUGCAGACUUGUCAGCGCGUUGGACAAAGAAAGCAGAGUCUAAGGUUUCUUCACGGAGGGGACUUGCCUGAAGCUUCUGGUCAAAUAUCAAUUCCCUGAUAAAAACUUAAACUCAUGACUCGUGAGAAGUAUCUGGUCUGUAUAGGCUAUUCAGAUUUGUGAUCAGGUUUUAGGUGACCAGCUCCGCAAAUUCUUGAAUGUCGUCUUUUUUCACAACAUUAUCUGUUUUUGUCAUCGGUGUAAUCCCAUAUCGAAUGAACAAAUGAAGAGUUUCUUGUGUUC